AUGACGUACAAUUCCUACCACGACCCCGCGGGACCCUACGAGCAGCAGCCCUCUGCACCACCACCGCCGGGAGAUGAGCGCUUCUCAGAUGAAAGACCAUACCCCGGGUCGCCGUCCUUUAACCCGCCAUAUCCCUCGCAGUACAUGUCAGACCAGGUCCAGAUGCCUCAGCCCCGCAUGCCAUCGCCCUCGUUCCAGGCUCAGCCGCCUCCAUCCUCCGGGGGGCGAUUCGACGAUGCCGUUGCUUCUGCUGUUCACCAGGCUGAUACCUCUAAUCAUUUCUCGCCCGACCUGAUUUCGCAGGUCACUGCGACUGUUAUUCAGCAGCUUCAAGCUUAUGGUUUAGGCUCGCCUCAACAGCAGCAGCAGCAGCAACCGCAACAACAACCACCGCCGCCGCCUCCACAGGCACCUCCUGUACUUGAUACCACCUACUAUGAACCGCCGCCUGCACCGCGGUACCGCGGUACCGAGUCACCCGAGGCCCGUGAAGCCAAGUCUACUUAUUCCAUACCUAUCGAAACCCGAGAUGGUUCAAGGAGGCCGAGUCCGGGCAAGGUUAGUGACGUCGGGUCGGAAAGUCGCCCGACCAUGUCUGAACGGAUGCCGACAUCAUCGGACGAGAUGACGACGCUGGAAAAGGUAUGGGGCAGGAUGUUUGAAGACGGAAAGCCGACUCCGAGACUGGGUCAGCUGCUCAGGGGAAUUGCGGUUCAUUUGAUCGAGGAUCACCAUCCCGAAAACACACUUGUAGUCAUUCCGGAGAAGAUGCAAAAGUACUACUCAGUGACCAAGGUUUCGAUGGAUACUUAUCCAUGGCAUGAUAUAUUUGACGACCAGAUCUCGUCCGUCUCACGAAUUUACCGAGACAUCGAAGCCGAGCACCAUCUUGUCCAAGACCCGCUCAACCUAAAUGCCCGGCCAGACAAACCAGGCCUGACUCCUCGCGGCUUUGAACGUUGGUUCACGCUGAUGAUCCAGUCUAAUCCGGACAGAGAAUUUGCCCGCUUGCAGAAAACAGUGCUUGAUAUGCCGAUUAGUAACCCGGAUGAUAAGAAGGAACGAUUUCCAAAAGAAUUGCCCCGACGACUAUUUCCUAGUUCAGCAGACCUUGAUACUCUCGAGAAAUUAGAGGCUUCCAUCGUCACCCAUAGCGGAUUAGAUCUUCCCCGGAAUCUUCCCCAUGAGCGUUCCAGAUCACCUGCCCGGAGAGCGCCGGUUGAAAAGUCUCCGUCGAGGGCUGGAACUGAACGUGCUCCUCCACCUGUCCAGGAGCGUGAACCAAAACCCUACUCGUCGACUCCAAGUUCGGCAGUUGUUGAGGACGAAGAAGACGAAACGAUUCCGCCACGUCCGAUUGAACGAGAAAGAAAGCCAUAUAGCGCCCAACCUGGCGGAGGCAAAUUCUACGAUGAUAGCAACGAACAAGCCCCAAAAACCGAGACGAGCAAGGGAAAGGAGUUUUUGUCAUCACCUACGACCACAACCUCCCACCGACAAUCGCAUUCGUAUAGUCAAGAGCCACCGCAUGUGCGUUCUAGUCAGGGAACAGGACCAACUAGUGGUUAUAAUGGCCACACCCAUCACGGCUCUAUCUCGUCCAAACCGGGCCGAGCGCGCAGCUCCUCUGUCGGAGUCAAUGGCGGACCGGGUGAUUAUCGACAUUCAGAACCAGAUCUCAACUCGUUUGACGCGGAUUACGGGACUUCUUACAAGACAAGUUCUGCCACUGGAGAUGGAUACGACGAGGGACGUCGAUACCGAGACUACGACCGAGACGAUAGCAGGGACUAUGAAGUUUUACGAGAGAGAGAACGUGACCGCGAGCGACGUUAUCACGACAAUCUAAGCAGCCGGAAUACCUGGAGCGAAGAAGACUACUACCGAGGACUGUUGGGUGGACAGGGCGCUGGACCUAUCGGCGGCACCGACUAUCGGUAUCGCUAG